AUGAAGUAUCAGAGAGUACCGACCAGCGAAGAAGCUGAGAUGGCGAACGAAAUCCAUCAUGAUAACCUUCAUGCAUCCUCAACUGAGCACGAUGUAGUAGAGCCUGACGUUAAAGAUGGAAGUACCAACAAUAAUUACCUUCCCCAGUCGGAAGUUGAGAGUCUCAAUUUUGAUACCGCAAUACCACCUGGAACGAUCGAUCCAAUAUAUGAAGCUAAAGCUCGAGUUUUAAAUGAAGCUAUUCAGGAUAUAGGGAUGGGAUGGUAUCAAUGGCAACUUUUUAUCGUCGUGGGCUUUGGUUGGGCAAAUGAUAAUUUAUGGCCAAUUGUCACAUCACUUAUAUUCACUUCGAUUACCAAUGAAUUCACCCCCAAGCAUCCACCUUUACUCACUCUGGCCCAGAACAUCGGCCUCCUUGCCGGCGCUAUGUUUUGGGGAUUUGGUUGCGAUAUUUUUGGUCGACGUUUAGCGUUUAAUGCUACACUUGGUAUCACGGCGGUUUUUGGAUUGAUCGCUGCCGGCUCACCAAACUUUGUAGCUCUUGGAUGUUUUGCUGCACUUUGGAGUUUCGGGGUGGGUGGAAAUCUUCCUGUCGAUUCAGCUGUCUUCCUCGAAUUUCUGCCUGGCUCUCAUCAAUACCUUCUUACUAUUCUCUCAGUCGACUGGGCUGUAGCUCAAGUCGUGGCGAAUUUGAUUGCUUGGCCACUUUUAGGAAAUCUCACAUGUCAAGAAGAUUCAACAUGCACUCGAUCACAAAAUAUGGGAUGGAGAUAUUUUCUUAUUGUUAUGGGAGGGAUUUCUAUGAUUGAGUUCUUCAUCCGAUUCAUUUGUUUUACGAUCUUUGAGAGUCCGAAAUUUCUCAUGGGGAAGGGGAGAGAUGAAGAGGCUGUCAAGGUUGUGCGGGAAGUUGCGAGGAGAAAUGGGAAGCAGUCGAAUCUUACCAUUACACGCCUUCAAGAGUGUGGCACUCUUCCUCAUAUCAACGCUUCGGCAACUUUAUCAAGAAAACUCCAUCAAAUGGACUUAUCUCAUGUCCGCGCCUUAUUUGCGACCAAGGAACUGGCAUUUUCCACAAGUUUGAUCAUGUUAGUAUGGGCAUUUAUUGGUCUCGGAUAUCCCCUUUACAACGCAUUUCUCCCUUAUAUACAAGCAACUCGAGGUGCUGAAUUUGGGGAUGGGAGUACUUAUUUGACAUAUCGGAACUCAUUAAUCAUAUCUGUGCUUGGGAUUCCCGGGGCUCUGAUUGGCGGUUACCUUGUUGAGGUCCCAAGAUUAGGUAGGAAAGGGACUCUUUCUCUGAGCACGAUAGCUACGGGGGCGUUUUUGUACGCUUCAACCACGGCGAUGACAUCUACGGCAUUAUUGGGCUGGAAUUGCGCUUUUAAUUUUUGCUCCAAUGUGAUGUAUGCUGUUCUGUAUGCAUAUACACCGGAGAUCUUUCCAACGAAAGAUCGCGGUACGGGCAAUGCUCUCACUGCAACCUCGAACAGAAUAUUUGGGAUUAUGGCUGUGAGUCCCCUCUCUUUCUCUUCGAUUUGCAUCUCCGCAACUGUACUAGUAUCGACGUGGACUAAUCAGACCAAGCCAAUCAUUGCGAUGUUCGCCAAUCUUGAAACUUCCGCACCCGUAUACACAAGCGGAGCUCUAUUCAUUGCAGCAGGAUUACUGGUUUUGAUAUUGCCAUUUGAGAGUCGUGGGAAAGCUAGCUUAUAG